AUGCCCGCAUUCAGAAUUUUGAUCUUCAGUGGAACUGCUGACUACCGGCACAUAUCGAUUCCCGCCGGCAUUCGCGCGCUGAAGAAGCUUGCUGAGGACUCAGCAUCGUCUCCACUACCACGUUUCACAGCCGACGCUAGUGAAGAUGCUGAGAUCUUCAACCCUUCCUCUUUAUCAGCAUACAAGGUCAUCAUCUUGCUCCAGUGUUCUGGCGAGUUUCUUAACCCCAACCAACUGGAUGCUUUGAAAACCUUUGUUCGAUCUGGUGGUGGCGUUGUUGCCGUCCACUGCGCAAGCUUUGCGAUGAAGUCUUCAAAGUGGUACGGGCAGCUAAUUGGCGGUGUAUUUGACAAUCAUCCUGAGCCACAACUUGGCGAGGUUAGACUUGUUGAUGGUGAGCAUCCGAUCAUGCUUGCUCGCCUGCCCGGGAUAGGUGCUUCAGAGUCACAGACCUCGGCGACAAAGCAUCAGAUUCAGGGAUCGGGAAGAGUGUGGUUCGAUGAGUGGUACAACUUUGAGAAGCAUCCACGCGAAGCGUCAAAAGGCAUUCGUGUCCUCCUAAGUGUGGACGAACAAUCGUACGCUGGUGGGCAGCUUGGGGUGGACCACCCCAUUGCCUGGUGUCAGAUCUUUGAUGGCGGCCGGUGUUUCUACACCUCUCUCGGACACUUUGAUCAGGCGUAUGAAGAUGAGUGGUUCUUAGGGCAACUCUAUGGGGGAAUCUUAUGGGCAGCAGGCCUUGCAUGA